AUGGCUUCAAUAGCAUCAGGCCUGGCACGGGCCCUCCCGAAGCCUCAGCACAAUUCAGAAUACGAAGAACAACGGACGCAACAACGCGGCCCGCGGAUUGUCGCCGCUGGUCAAAUCGACGAGACCCAAAUCGUGGUCAAGAGAGCCGGCCCACCUCCAUACCCCAACCGAUCAGGUUGGCGCCCUCGAGCCCCCGAAGACUUUGGCGAUGGCGGCGCGUUCCCCGAGAUCCCCGUAGCCCAAUACCCCUGGGGCAAGCAAGACGGCUCGUCCAAAUCCAACGCCCUCGUAGUCCAAGUUGACGGCGACGGCAAAGUGGACUACGGCGCCAUCGCGCGGCAGGGCCACAGCAGCGACCGCAUCAUCCACGCGUCGUUUAAGGACCUGAUCCCGCUGCGGCAACGCGCCGAGGCGGGUGACUUGGACUUGUCGCGCCCGAGCGAGCAAGAGGUGGCUGAGACGGCGGAACGGACGAAGAAUGCGCUGGCUUCGCUGGUUAGUGGUGCGCUGGCGGCGCAGAAGCCGAAGAAUGUGAAUGCAGGCGGACGGCGGGAUCCGACGUUUGUGAGGUACACGCCGUCGGCGCAGAUGGGGGAUAAUUCGAAGAAGCAGGAUAGGAUUAUGAAGAUUGUGGAGAGGCAGAGGGAUCCAAUGGAACCGCCCAAGUUUAAGCAUAAGAAGAUCCCGAGAGGACCGCCUACUCCUCCCCCACCGGUCAUGCACUCCCCACCAAGGAAACUUACUGCGGAGGACCAAGAAGCGUGGCGCAUCCCACCACCGGUGUCAAUGUGGAAGAACUCCAAGGGUUUCACUAUCCCGCUCGACAAGAGGGUAGCGGCCGACGGGCGCGGUCUACAAGAUGUUCAGAUCAACGACAAGUUUGCCCAGCUUUCCGAAGCUAUCUUCAUGGCGGAUCGGCACGCAAGAGAGGAGGUCCGGCAGCGCGCCAUGAUGCAGCAGCGGUUAGCAGAGAAGGAGCGGGCAGAAAAGGAGGACCAUCUCCGACAACUUGCUCAACAGGCACGCGCCGAAAGGACAGGUGGCGGUGGUGGUGGCAGCAGGCGACGAUCGGGGUCCCGGUCUCGGUCCCGAUCCUACUCAUACAGCGGAUCCGACUCCGGCUCCGACUCCGACAGCUCCGAGCGAGAGCGCCGCGCAGCACGCAAGGACAAGCUCCGCGACGAAGAACGCAAACUGCGGCAGUCACGCAUGGGCGCCGAACGCCGGGCGCAGGUGAUGGCGCGCGAGAUGGACCGCGACAUCUCCGAGAAAAUCGCGCUCGGCCUGGCCAAGCCGACACAGUCGUCCGAGGGCAUGUACGACUCCCGGCUGUUCAACCAGUCCAGCGGCUUCGCCAGCGGAUUCAACGAGGACAACCCCUACGACAAACCGCUCUUUGCCGCGCAAGACGCCAUCAGCAGCAUCUACCACCCGCGGGCCAACGCCGAGGACGAUGAUGAGGAAGGGGCCGGCGACCAGGAGAUGGCGCGGAUCCAGAAGGGUAGCCGGUUCGGCGAGGCGCUGGGCCGGGGCACGUUCAAGGGUACGGAGGAGGCUGAGAAGCGGGAAGGGCCGGUGCAGUUUGAGAAGGACUCGGGGACGGCGGAUCCGUUUAAUGUGGAUAAGUUCUUGUCGGAGGUGCAGCAGGAGACUGCGACGGCUAGGGGUGGUGCGUCGUCUUCGUCGGGGGCGAAGAGGGGGUAUGGGUUACAGGAGGAGGGUGUGAGGCAGUCUAAGAGGAGCCGGGUUGAUGAUGAUGAUGAUGAUGAGUAG